UCAGUAUUACUUACCCUUGAGAGUUGAAAUAGGAUGUCCCACAACACAGACCAGUGGGCACAAAACCCAGCAAGGCUCUGUCAAGUGCACUAGUGGCAUCUGCUUGGUCCCUCCCUCACCAACCCUCCAGGAUAUCAUUCUCCACCCUCACUGAGUUCCCGCCUCUGCUCAUUGCUGCACAGGGAAGCCAAGACUUCACACAGUUCCAGGCUUUAACUCAGCUCCACACUGCUCCUAGCACUGUCUUUGGUCCCAGCUCUGUGUCCGUCUGGAUCCUGGUGUCUCAGUUCAGUGCCGACAGCCCCAGAGGCCUCGUGUUUGCCAAGCAUGACAAUGACAUAUGAAAAUUUCCAGAACUUGGGAAGCCAGGAGAAAAACCAAGAGCCUGGUAAAGCAGCUCUUCCUCAGUCCUUCCUGUGCAACAUCCUCUCCUGGACCCACCUCCUCCUGUUCUCCCUGGGCCUCAGCCUCCUGCUGCUGGUGGUUGUCUCCGUGAUUGGAUCCCAAAGUUCCCAGUUAAGGAGAGACCUAGACACCCUGAGAGCCACAUUAGACAACACCACCUCCAAGAUAAACACUAAAUUCGAGGCCUUGGACACCAGGGCUGACAGCUUGCAAGUAGGGAUCAGUUCUCUGAAAGUGGAGGUGGAGGAUCACAGGCAGGAGCUGGAGACAGGCCAAGGCUUGAGCCAGAAGGUGGAUUCUCUGGUGAGCGAAGUGGAGAAGAGGGAGCAGGCUCUCAAAACAGAUCUCUCUGACAUAACCGAUCGUGUGCAACAGCUGGGGAAGGACUUGAAGGCCCUGACAUGCCAUCUGGCCAACCUCAAGAACAACAGCUCAGAAGAGGCCUGUUGCCCCCUUCACUGGACGGAGCAUGAAGGGAGCUGCUACUGGUUUUCUCAGUCUGGGAAGUCAUGGCCUGAAGCUGACAAGUACUGCAGGCUGGAGAAUUCUCACCUGGUGGUCGUCAACUCCCUGGAGGAGCAGAAUUUUCUGCAGACUCUCUUAGCCAAUCAGAUCAGUUGGAUCGGCCUAACAGACCAAAAUGGGCCCUGGCGAUGGGUGGAUGGGACCGACUUUGAGAAAGGCUUUAAGUACUGGGCCCCAGAGCAGCCGGAUAACUGGUAUGGACAUGGACUGGGAGGGGGUGAAGACUGUGUCCACUUCACCUCAGAUGGCCGCUGGAACGAUAAUGUCUGUCAGAGGCCUUACCGCUGGAUCUGUGAGAUAAAUGCUGGCCAAGGAUAACUAGGAUAACCAAGGAAUUUAUUUCUUCAGUGGUUUCAGCUGAUCAGGCCUGGAGUUUGGAAUCCUCCUACCUGAUCUCAACAUUAUUGGAGAUUUUCUUUUUUGGUCAAGAAAUUUAAGACAAGGAGAAGGUGUUGUGUUUCAGCAGGAUAGUGUGGUAUUUGGGAGAACGAGACUGCCGAAAUCUGUGAUAUUUUGUACAGUGUGAAGCUUAUUGUAGGCAAGUUCUGAAUGUAGAAAAAAUUAAAUACUUGUUGUUGAUUU